GUUAUUUCACGCUUCCUGUCACGUGAUACCGGUCCUUUUACAUACGGAUCCGAAGAGCUCGGAUAACUUUUACGAGCAGUUGUCCGCUAAGCGAGACUCAAUCCAAAAUGGUGAACUUCACUGUAGACGAGAUCCGUGCGAUCAUGGACAAGAAACAUAACAUCAGAAACAUGUCCGUGAUUGCUCAUGUUGACCAUGGCAAGUCAACAUUGACUGACUCUUUAGUCAGCAAAGCUGGUAUCAUUGCUGGCGCUAAAGCUGGGGAGACUAGAUUUACUGAUACCAGAAAGGAUGAACAAGAAAGAUGCAUUACUAUCAAGUCAACUGCUAUCUCUCUGUACUAUGAGCUGGACAAGAACGAUUUACAAUUCAUCAAACAAGAGAAAACUGAUGAUAACCAUUUCCUGAUCAACUUGAUCGACUCCCCUGGGCACGUCGACUUCUCUUCUGAAGUAACCGCCGCGCUGCGUGUAACUGAUGGAGCUUUGGUAGUUGUGGACUGUGUAUCAGGUGUGUCUGUGCAAACCGAGACUGUGCUGCGUCAAGGUAUCUCUGAGAGAAUCAAGCCUGUGUUGUUCAUGAACAAGAUGGACUUGGCCCUGCUCACCCUGCAGUGUGAUAUGGAAGCUAUGUACCAGAUCUUCCAGAGAGCUAUUGAAAAUACUAACGUCAUCAUUGCUACGUACGAAGGCCAUGACAGCCCAAUGGGAAACAUUUCUGUGGAUCCAAAAGAGGGAACAGUUGGUUUUGGAUCAGGUCUCCAUGGAUGGGCCUUCACCCUGAAGGACUUUGCCAAGAUGUACUGCAACAAGUUUAAGAUCCCUGAGGAGAAGAUGAUGAAGAGAUUGUGGGGAGAUAACUUCUUCAAUGAGCCAGAAAAGAAGUGGACGAAGCAGUGCACUGGUGAGAUGACACCUCUCAAGUGCAGAGGCUUCAACAAGUACAUCCUUACACCCAUCUACCAGGUGUUUGACUUGUGCAAAAACUCUGAUGGCAAAGAUGAGAAACCCUUGAAGCUGGCAGAGAAGCUUGGUGUGAAGCUAACCUCAGAAGAAAAGGAGCAGGCUGGCAAGCUUCUGCUCAAGACAGUGAUGAGGAAGUGGCUGCCCGCUGGCGACGCUCUCCUUCAGAUGAUCGUUAUUCAUCUUCCAUCCCCAGUCACUGCCCAGAGGUACAGGACUGAGCUGCUCUAUGAAGGUCCAAUGGACGACAAGUGUGCUCAAGGCACCAUGGCAUGUGAUCCUAAUGGAGAACUGAUGAUGUAUAUCUCCAAGAUGGUGCCCACAUCUGACAAGGGACGUUUCUAUGCCUUUGGACGUGUGUUCUCUGGUACUGUUGCUACUGGACAGAAAGUUCGCAUUAUGGGACCCAACUACAAGCCUGGCUCAAAGGUCGACUUGUAUGAGAAGAGCAUCCAGAGGACAAUUCUGAUGAUGGGCCGUUACAUUGAGCCUAUCCCAGAUGUUCCAUGUGGUAACAUCUGUGGUCUGGUCGGUGUUGACCAGUUUUUGGUCAAGGGUGGAACCAUCUCCACAUUCAAGGACGCCCACAACAUGAAGGUCAUGAAGUUCUCUGUCAGCCCAGUUGUCAGAGUUGCUGUCGAGUGCAAGAACCCCUCUGAUCUGCCGAAGCUGGUGGAAGGAUUAAAACGUCUGUCAAAGUCAGAUCCCAUGGUCCAGUGUACCAUUGAGGAGUCUGGAGAGCACAUCAUUGCUGGAGCGGGUGAGCUGCAUCUGGAGAUUUGUCUGAAGGACUUAGAGGAGGACCAUGCCUGCAUCCCACUCAAAAAGAGCGACCCCGUUGUCUCUUACAGGGAGACUGUCACUGAAGAGUCGUCCAUCAUGUGUCUGUCCAAAUCUCCAAACAAGCACAACAGGCUGUUCAUGAAAUGCCAUCCUCUUGAUGAGGAGCUCCAGAAGGACAUUGAUGACGGUAAAGUUACUACUCGCCAAGAAAUGAAGGAGCGAGCCAGGUACCUAGCUGAUGAAUAUAACUUUGAUGUUGGAGAGGCAAGAAAGAUCUGGUGCUUCGGUCCCGAGGGUACAGGUCCCAACCUGCUUGUUGAUGUCACGAAGGGAGUGCAGUACCUGAAUGAAAUCAAGGACAGCGUUGUUGCUGGCUUCCAGUGGGCUACAAAGGAGGGAGUGUUGUGUGACGAGAAUGUACGUGGUGUACGUUUUGACGUUCAUGAUGUGACUCUCCACGCUGACGCUAUCCACAGAGGUGGUGGCCAGAUUAUCCCCACUGCCCGUAGAGUUCUCUACGCCUGCAUGUUGACAGCAUCACCUAGUCUUAUGGAACCCAUCUACUUGGUCGAGAUCAGAGUACCAACAGCUGCCCAGGGUGGCUGCUUCUCUGUGCUGAACAAGAGGCGUGGUGAAAUGCAGGACAACCAGGAAAUCAUUGUUGGACAGUCCAACCUGAAGGCUUUCUUGCCCGUCAACGAGUCUUUUGGAUUCACCACAGAGUUGAGAGCGUCAACAGGAGGCCAGGCUUUCCCACAGUGUGUAUUUGACCACUGGAAGGUCCUCUCUGGUGGAAACCCACUGGAUCCAUCUACCAAGGCAGGCGUAAUCGUCUCAGAUAUCAGAAAACGCAAGGGGUUGAAAGAAACCGUACAAAGCUUGGACAACUUCCUGGAUAAAUUGUAAUGGCAAUGUUGACAGACUAAAUCUCGCCUGUGUAUUUAUUUUUUUGACUUUGUAUAUGACUAUUAAGUGUUCUGAUGGUAGUCAGUACAGAAUUAAAGGCACAUCAUGUAUAUUAUAAUAAAGUUAAAAAGAUAUUAAAAUUGUUGACAAAGUUAAAAAGAUAAUUAAAAUUGUUGACAGUAAAUAAGACUUGCAUCUCCCAAUCAUGUUCUACAAUAAAAAGUGCUGUAAAUAAAACUUGCUAAGCCACUGGGCUAUGGAAUUAAAAAAAAAAGAUUUG